AUAAAGUCUCCUUGGAGUUUCGUACAUUGUAGAUAGAGAGAGAAAGAGAAAGAGAGAGAGAGAUGGAGAAAUGGGUCCGAGCUCUGGUGACAGUGGUUUGCAUUCUUCUUCCAGCCCUUGUGGAAUGUAGGACCCGACACUAUAAAUUCAAUGUGGUCAUGAAGAACACCACUCGUCUAUGCCAGACCAAGCCCAUCGUGACCGUCAAUGGGCAAUUCCCUGGGCCCACUCUCCAUGCAAGGGAGGGUGAUAAUGUACUUGUCAAGGUUGUCAAUCACGUUAAGUACAACGUUACCAUUCACUGGCAUGGAAUCCGACAGCUCCGGACGGGUUGGGCAGAUGGGCCAGCAUACAUUACACAGUGUCCAAUCCAGCCCGGACAACAAUACGUCUACAAUUUCACCAUAAAGCGCCAAAGGGGCACACUUUUGUGGCACGCCCACAUCCUAUGGCUAAGGGCAACCGUGCACGGCGCCAUUGUCAUUCUACCCAAGUUAAGAGUUCCUUACCCAUUCCCAAAGCCCAACAAGGAAGCGGUCGUGAUACUCGGUGAAUGGUGGAAGUCCGAUGUCGAAGCUGUAAUCAACGCGGCCUUAAAGUCUGGUCAGGCGCCGAAUGUAUCAGACGCCCAUACGAUCAAUGGCCAUCCAGGGCCACUCUCAAAUUGUUCUUCACAAGGGGGUUUUACCUUACAAGUAAAGAAGGGCAAUACGUACAUGCUCCGCCUCAUCAACGCUGCACUCAAUGAAGAGCUCUUCUUCAAGGUGGCGGGUCAUCCACUGACAGUCGUCGAGGUCGACGCCACCUACACAAAGCCCUUCAAGACCAACGUCGUCCUCCUCACCCCAGGCCAAACAACAAAUGUCAUCCUAACCACCAAUCACACCUCCGGUCGCUACCUAAUGGCAGCCUCUCCUUUCAUGGACUCACCCAUCGCUGUUGAUAAUGCGACUGCCACUGCCAUCUUACACUACUCAGGCACCCUCACUUCCUCAACCAUCAAACUCACUGCCCCACCUCCGCAAAAUGCCACUCCGGUCGCAGCCAAUUUCAAUACUGCUCUGCGUAGCUUGAAUUCAAAGGCAUUCCCUGCCAAGGUCCCACAAACCGUAGAUCACUCUCUUCUUUUCACAGUUGGCCUUGGAAUCAAUCCAUGUUCCACUUGCUCCAAUGGGAGUCGUGUGGUCGCCGACAUCAACAAUGUGACCUUUGUUAUGCCCACCACCGCCCUCCUCCAAGCACAUUAUUUCAAUGUAAGCGGCGUGUUCACCGAAGAUUUCCCCGGCAAUCCUCCUAUCAAGUUCAAUUACACUGGUUCCCUACCGACCAACAUGCAGACCAUGAACGGGACUCGGCUUUAUAAGCUUGCUUACAAUUCUAAAGUGCAAGUCGUCUUCCAGGACACCGGUUUCAUAGCCCCGGAGAACCAUCCCAUCCAUCUGCAUGGGUUCAAUUUCUUUGCUGUUGGAAGAGGAUUGGGGAAUUUCAAUCCAAAGACUGACCCUGCCAAUUUCAAUCUUGUUGACCCAGUUGAGAGGAACACGAUCGGCGUCCCAUCGGGUGGAUGGACAGCCAUCAGAUUCAGAGCUGAUAACCCAGGUAAACCUACUAUUUAUAAAAAUCCACCCCCUUUAAGAUUUUUGGUGGCUUUUUCCAUCUGCACAAAUCAAUCCAAGCUAAUCACCCUUCACAAACAACAAAGUUGUAUACAAAAACUUGGCCAUGAGUUUAUAUAGUGGGGCCCAUUAGAUGGACUCAUCAGAUCAAUAGCAUAGGUAUGAAAAACAUGGUCCUCAAAUGUACAGAAGCAAGGCCCAGCCAAGGAUAUCCUAUAAUUCCUCUAAAUAAAAAGAUCAAACCUUUCAAAUCUCCAAUGGAAACUCUGGCCAGUCAUGUCUGUAAAUGAUCUGGUUGUGGGGUUAUGACCUAUUUACAGAGGGUCCCAAAAAUUGGACAGUUUAAUUUGAGUUUUAAGUAUGCAAUGUCCUAAAACUUAGGAGCACAAGCAUAUAGACCAUCACAUUCUACCAGAGUAUCAAAUAACUCCGUAGUCAAAAUUUAAACCUCUACUUGAUACCACUGGACUGUGAUUCGUUCAUAUCUUUAUCUUUUCAUACAUAGAAGCUUGUCUUAACAAAGCCUUCUUCUUGGUUUUCUUUUUUCUUUUCUUUUUUA